AUGCCCUUCCGAGAUUGGAGCGAGUCGGUCCUGAAAGAGGAUCUUCCGAUCCCAAAACACGAACGGUGGUAUCAGCAGCUAACUCCUACCCCUAAUCGAGUAUUUGGGGAUAAUGUAUUGGUUGCGGCGCGCAUGAGUUACAAGUGGUCACCUGACAGCAAGGAAGUGCCAGUCUUAAAGAUUGGUGAUCAAGAAGCGCAACUGUACCAAGCUGCUUUGGCUACUUUUGGAGGAUCUAUGGGCGUGCGCCCACUUCGCGAUGAUGAGGAACGCUGGUAUGAGCAGAUCAGGGGCAAUUUCAUGUACCCGGUUGCUGAUGCAUUUGCCUCGCCGCCUACUGCAACCGAAGGUGUGUUGCGCGACCUAGGGAUUGACCCUGAAGAUAAGAAGAAAAAACCUUUGAAGAAGAUGAAGAACUUGAAUCCCGAGGUGACCAGCAAGGGGGCUGGGAGUAGUCGCGCAACCGCUGGUGCUGCUGGUAAAGGUACUCUUCGCCUUCGACAGAGUGACUUAAAAGAUUAUGUGAUAAUUAGUGAUUCACUUGAAGGCUUGUCGCGCGCAGCUGAGAAGAAGACUGGAGCGGGUGGUUCAAAGAGCUCUGGAAGCGCGGGUUCUCGUAACCCUGAUGCUGGUGCUACUCUUUCUACUGUUGCGCAUGAGGAGGAGGAAGAAGAGGAAGAAGAGGAGGUAACCGAAAAGCUGAUCAGCAGAAAGAGAGUCAGAAGCGAGACCACAACUGGUGUGGCUUCUGUGGCGGCAGCUGGUGCGAUUCCCUUGAUUGGGAAAACGAGCAAUAUGCGCUCUCUUUAUAAAUUCUCUCCUGAGACCAAGAAGCCCACCCCUGAGAAGGGUGUUAAGUUUACCGAGCCAGAGCCGAAGAGGCCAAAGAUUACCAUUAAAUCUUCUAAGAUUGUUGGGGCUGAGUCUGCCAAGGAGAAAAAUGUUGCUGAGGGGGAUAAAGCGAAGGCUGCUGAGGAGAAGAGAAGGGUUGAGGAGCGUCGUAGGAAGGUUGAGGAAGAGAAGAAGAGGAAAGCUGAGGAAGAUAAGAAGGCUGAGGAGGCGAAGAAGAAGAAAACCGCUGAUAUGGAGAAGGAGAAGGAGAGGAAGAAAGCUGCGGAAAAGGGCAUCGGUGAUCAGGAGAUUGUGGUCACCCCAGGGCCUGUGAAGCCUCAUCAAGAAAGCAGGAAAGAGCCUGAGGUUGAGAAACCUGUCCACCCCACGCAUACUGAGGUCCCUGAUCGCACCAAGGUGACUUCUGCCAGGGGAUCGGGCCGGUAUGUUUCUAGUGGCGCGAGCUCUGGCGGGGCUGGGGGUUACAACCCACAAGUUAUUGGGGCGAAGGAUACCCUUGGUGAUAUCUAUUAUAAGAGCUACACUGAAGAGGAACGUGGUAAUGCCCCUCACCAAGCUCCCUGGGGUUUGAAGCAAAGGGACACCUUUCAAGAGUUUGGACCAUGCCGCGAUUGGUUCUUAAAUUCCUUUACUCCUGGUGAGGUUAAUCGGCAGAGGGCGAAGACUCAUGAAAGCCUAUAUCGCACUUAUGUGAUCGGGGAGGCCAACACGCGCGCUGCCAACCAUCAAAUAGUUCGUGAGUGGCGAACGAUGGUUAGGGAGCGAGCAUAUUGGGAGAGCUACCGCGAGCGAAUGUUGAAGCGUAUUAGCGAGUUUGAGAAGUCAAAAGCCUCUUUUGAUGAAGAGAAGGCAAAGUUUGAUGCUGACAAGAAGGCGGAGGAAUGGGGGCGUGAGGGCCUGAAAAACAAACUUCAAGCUGCUGAGCAGCAGCUGGCUAAGGAGAAGGCCGAGUUCAAGCGCAUAUGUGAGAAAGACAAUGAACGCGCGUUCGCGGCUCGAAACAAGAUUGUCGAUCUUGAAGCCAAGGUUGUUGAGCUUACUGCGAAGGUUGAGGAUGCGCAAGCUGCGCAGGCUGCUAAGGAGCAGACUGAGGUUGAGUUGGCUGAUGUGAAGCUGCAGUUCUCAAACAAAGACAAGGAUUUGCGGGCCAAGGAUGUCGAGAUCGCUGAACUGAAACGCCUCCUGAAUGAUCAGGUUGACAAAUGCGAAUCCUUGGAAAUCGAUCUUGCAGCAGAGAAAGUUAAGGCUGCCACUGCUGAGGAAGCGCGUGAUGUUAGUACUGCCGCCCUUAACGUAGCGCAGACUAACUAUUCUGAAGCUCAAGGGUUCGUGGAUACGCUUGUCUCUGAGGCCGAGUGGAUGUGCAACCGUGGAGUAGUGCUGGUUGCCAACUCUGUGCUUAAUGCUGGAGAGCUAGAUCGCAUUGUUGCUGCUUUGACGGAUGUCGCGCGCGCAGUUGGUCAUCGAGGAGGGUAUUUGGAAUGUGCUCAACAUGUUGAGGAGGUGUUUGGACAGGAGUUUGAUGUGAGUCAUUGUUCGGUGACUGACCAGGCUAGUGCCGAGUUGACACGUGCUGAAAAUGCUUAUGAUAACCUAUCACUGCCUGUGAUGGACUUAGUCGCGAAGACUCUAGAGCAUGAUGAUUGGUGCCAGCGCCUCAAGGCCAUUCUCGACCCACCGGUAACUGUUGAAUUAUCAGAUGAAGAGGAGCCAGCUGGUGAUGAUGGUGGAGACGAUGAUGAUGAUGGUGGAAACGAUGGUGAUGACGGUGGAAAUGAUGGUGAUGACGGUGAUGAAGGCGAUCAACGCGAUGGUAGUGAUGAAUUUGAAUAG